AUGGGCGGGUUGGGCAACAUGCAAAAUGAGGUUAUUUUUUGUUAUGGGUUUUGUUCAUCACUUGAUCUCGGCUCAAAGGCUCGCGAGCCGGCCGAGGGGGAAAACUUCAAAGAAUUGCUGGAGUUCAGGCCUAUUGAUGCUGCCACCCCAGUUUGUGGAGGAAUUACAGAAGUAAAGGACUUUGCAAACAACCUUGUGAUCGACGAUCUCGCUCGAUUCGCCGUCGAUGAACACAACAAGAAGCAGAAUACCCUGCUGGAAUUUGGUAAGGUACUGGAUGCAAAGGAGCAGUUAGUAGCUGGUACAUUGUAUUUUAUCACACUUGAAGCAACUGAUGGUGGUGUCAAAAAGACUUACGAAGCCAAGGUUUGGGUUAAGGAAUGGGAAAACUUCAAAGAAUUGCUGGAGUUCAAGCAUGUUGAUGCAGCUAACCCAGUUUGUGGAGGAAUUACAGAAGUAAAGGACUUUGCAAACAGCCUUGUGAUCGACGAUCUCGCUCGAUUCGCCGUGGAUGAACACAACAAUAAGCAGGCAUCAUAUAUCUCUUUGCUAUUUGGUGCUGUAGGUGCUAUACACAUUUUCAAAAGAAUGAAUGUCGGUUCUCUUGACCUCGGAGAUUUUCUUGGUAUUGUAAAAAGUUACCAGGAAAGAGAGAAGUUGGAGCACAGGACAAGAGUUUGGUGAAGGAGGGGCAGUAUGUUACUUUUGUUCAAAGCGGAGCCCAACCAAUUUGGCGUCAAGAGUCUACUCACCACAUACAAGUUCGUAUGGUUCAAGGUUGACUCAGGUACACAAAAUAAUAACACUUCACCAGAGUAACUUGCAAUAACUAUUCAGUUCUUUUUUCUUUAUGGA